UGCCAGAAAUGGCCCUCUCCAUAGAUUCGUCUCGGUUCCGAUGGCAGUGGCGAGUCAGAGAUGGCUUCUCUCAGUCCCCGUCAGAAACCACACCACUGCUUUCUCCAGAGAGGCAGAGGCAGAGUUAUGACCUGAGACAGCAGAGAGUGGUCUUCCCCAACAACAGGGUAUUCCACCAGGAUUGGAGACAAGUCUCUAAGGGGUACUCUGGCAACAGAAUCUGCACAACCAAAUAUACCCUCCUCACCUUCCUGCCUCAGAAUCUCUUUGAGCAGUUUCACAGGUGGGCUAACCUCUAUUUCCUGUUGCUGGUGAUUCUAAACUGGAUACCUUCCAUGGAAGUUUUCCACAGGGAAAUCACCAUGUUACCAUUGGCCAUUGUCUUGUUCAUCAUCAUGGUCAAAGAUGGCAUGGAGGAUUUCAAGAGAUAUCUCUUUGAUAGAGCGAUAAAUUGCUCGAGCAUCCAAAUAUAUGAAAGAAAAGAACAGAGCUACGUGCAGAAAUGCUGGAAGGACGUGCGUGUGGGCGACUUCAUCCAAAUGCGAUGCAAUGAGAUCAUCCCAGCAGACAUCCUCCUCCUCUUCUCCUCUGACCCCAGUGGAAUCUGCCACCUGGAAACUGCCAACUUGGAUGGAGAGACAAAUCUCAAACAGAGGCGUGUGGUGAAGGGCUUCUCCCAGCAGGAGACACAGUUCGAACCGGAGCAUUUCCACAAUACUAUUGUGUGUGAGAAACCCAACAACAACCUCAACAAAUUUAAAGGCUACAUGGAGCAUCCUGACGAGACCAGGACUGGUUUUGGCAGUGAGAGUCUUCUGCUUCGAGGCUGCACCAUCAGAAACACCGAAGUGGCUGUUGGCAUUGUCAUCUAUGCAGGCCAUGAGACAAAAGCCAUGAUGAACAACAGCGGUCCACGAUACAAACGCAGCAAGAUCGAGCGGCGCAUGAACACAGACAUCUUCUUCUGCAUCGGGCUUCUCUUCCUUAUGUGCCUCAUUGGAGCCAUAGGUCAUACUCUAUGGAAUGGAUCAUUUGAAGAACACCCUCCCUUCGAUGUACCAGACGCCAGUGGGUACUUCCUUCCUGUUGCCCUCGCAGGCUUCUAUAUGUUCCUCACAAUGAUUAUCCUGCUUCAGGUGCUGAUCCCCAUCUCUCUGUAUGUGUCCAUCGAGCUGGUGAAGCUUGGACAAAUCUUCUUCCUCCACAAUGACCUUGACCUGUACGAUGAAGACACUGACAUGCCCAUUCAGUGUCGAGCCCUCAAUAUCACUGAGGACCUGGGCCAGAUCCAGUACAUCUUCUCCGACAAGACAGGAACCCUUACUGAGAACAAGAUGGUGUUCCGACGCUGCACCAUCAUGGGCAAUGAGUUUUCUCACCAAGAAAAUGCCAAACGACUGGAGACUCCUAAGGAGCUGGACUCAGAUAGUGAAGAUUGGACUCAAUACCAGUGUCUGUCCUUCCCUGCCAAAUGGGCCCAGGGCCCAGCAACUGUGAGAAGCCGAGGAGGUUCCCAACCUCUGAGGAGAUGUCAUAGUGCCCGGAUGCCCAUCCAGGGCCACUCUCGACAAAGGUCCAUGGGAUGUUGUGAAAACUCACCACCUCUUGUGGCCUUCAGCAGCCCCCUGGAAAAAGAUGUGACUCCAGAUAAAAGCCUACUGAGCAAGGUGCGGGAUGCUGCCCUGUGGCUGGAGACCCUAUCGAACACCAGGCCUGCCAAAUCUUCCCUCUCCACCACCUCUUCCAUAGCAGACUUCUUCCUAGCCCUGACCAUCUGCAACUCUGUCAUGGUGUCCACAACCACUGAGCCCAGGCAGAGGGUGACCAUCCCAUCCUCUCCGAAAGCUCUGGGGAUGUCUCUGGAGAAGAUUCAACAACUGUUCCAGAGGCUGAAGCUCUUGAGCCUCAGCCAGUCGUUCUCAUCCACAGCACCCUCUGACACAGACCUUGAGGAGAGUUUGGGGACCAACUUACCCACUACAGACUCAGAAGAGAGAGAUGACACGUCUGUGUGUAGUGGAGGUUACUCCACUGAUGGUGGCUACAGGAGCAGUGCCUGGGACCAGGGUGACAUCCAAGGCUCUAGAGAGGGCCUGGCACAGGAGGACAUCCUUGGGAGCCCAGUCCUGGGCCUGACUGAUCCGGAGCUCUGUUACGAGGCUGAGAGUCCUGACGAGGCAGCCCUGGUACAUGCCGCUCAUGCCUACAGCUUCACACUGGUGUCCCGCACCCCAGAGCAGGUGACCGUGCGCCUGCCUCAGGGCACCUGCCUCACCUUCGACCUCCUCUAUACCCUGGGCUUCGACUCUGUCAGGAAAAGGAUGUCUGUGGUUGUGAGGCACCCACUGACUGGCGAGAUCAUAGUCUAUACCAAGGGAGCUGACUCUGCCAUCAUGGACCUACUGGAAGACCCAGCCUGUGUGACUGACAUUAAUGUGGAAAAGAAACUGAAGAAAAUUCGAGCCAAGACCCAGAAGCAUCUAGAUUUAUAUGCAAGAGAUGGCCUGCGAACACUGUGCAUCGCCAAGAAGGUGGUGAGUGAAGAGGACUUCCAGCGGUGGGCCAAUUUCCGGCAUGAGGCAGAGGCAUCCCUCGAUAACCGUGAUGAACUUCUAAUGGAGACAGCUCAGCAUCUGGAGAACAAACUUACCUUGCUCGGAGCCACAGGGAUCGAAGACCGACUGCAGGAAGGAGUGCCAGAUACGAUCGCUGCUCUGCGGGAGGCUGGAAUCCAGAUCUGGGUCUUGACUGGUGAUAAGCAGGAAACAGCAAUCAAUAUCGCCUAUUCCUGCAGGCUGCUGAAUCAGACCGACACAGUUUAUACCAUUAACACAGAGAGUCAGGAAAUCUGUGAAUCGCUUCUUAACUGUGCACUGGAAGAAGUAAAGCAAUCUCAUGAGCCGCAGCAGCCAGAUCGCAAACUCUUUGGCUUCUGUCUGUCUUCUGAGAUGCCCUCUACCACCGCAGUCACUGCUGUUCCAGAAGUUGGGUUGGUCAUCGAUGGCAAAACAUUGAAUAUCAUAUUUCAGGGAAAGCUGGAGAAGAAAUUUCUAGAAUUGACCCAGUAUUGCCGAUCUGUGCUAUGCUGCCGUUCCACUCCGCUCCAGAAGAGUAUGAUAGUCAAGUUGGUGCGAGACAAGUUGAGAGUCAUGACUCUCUCCAUAGGGGAUGGAGCAAAUGAUGUGAGCAUGAUUCAAGCUGCUGAUAUUGGGAUUGGAAUAUCAGGACAAGAAGGCAUGCAGGCUGUCAUGUCCAGCGACUUCGCCAUCUCCCGCUUCAAGCAUCUCAAGAAGCUGCUGCUGGUGCACGGCCACUGGUGUUACUCGCGCCUGGCCCGGAUGGUGGUUUACUACUUCUACAAAAAUGUGUGCUACGUCAACCUGCUCUUCUGGUAUCAGUUCUUCUGUGGUUUCUCUGGUUCCACCAUGAUCGAUUACUGGCAGAUGAUCUUCUUCAAUCUCUUCUUCACCUCCUUGCCUCCCCUUCUCUUUGGAGUUCUCGAUAAAGACGUAUCUGCGGAGACACUCCUGGCAUUGCCUGAGCUGUACAAGAGCGGCCAGAACUCUGAGUGCUACAGUCUGUCAACUUUCUGGAUUUCCAUGAUUGAUGCAUUCUACCAGAGCCUCAUCUGUUUCUUUAUCCCUUACCUGACCUACAGGAAUUCUGAUAUUGACGUCUUCACCUUUGGAACACCCAUCAAUACCAUCGCCCUUGCUACAAUUCUGUUGUACCAGGCAAUGGAAAUGAAGACUUGGACCAUUAUCCACGGACUCCUCCUCGUCGGCAGCUUCCUGAUGUAUUUUGUGGUCUCCCUCGUGUACAAUGCCACCUGUGUCGUAUGCAACAGUCCCACCAAUCCCUACUGGGUGAUGGAAGGCCAGCUCUCAGAUCCCACUUUCUACCUCGUCUGCUUCCUCACACCGGUCGUGGCUCUUCUCCCAAGGUACUUCCUCCUGUCUAUACAAGGAACCUAUGGGAAGUCUCUGAUCGUAAAAGCUCAGAAAAUUGACAAACUCCCCAAAGACAAAAGAGACCUAGAAAUCCAGAGCUGGAGAAACAAACAGAGGCCAGCCCCUGUGCCUGGAGGGGCUCAAUCCACCCUCCGCCCAGGGCCACGCCUCCCAGCACAGGACUUCCAAGCCAGCACACCAAAGGUCUCGUCCACAGCCACGCAGAAGCACAUGGAUGACUGGGCGCUCCACAGAGAGAGGUGCUGCAGAGACCACGUGGGGGGUGACCUGCACUCGGGAGACUCUGGGACCAGACUCGUGUCUGGAAAAUACCUUCUGGAACUCAGUAAAGCAGAGGCACCUGGAGCCUACUUCAGUAGACAGAUGAAUGUGCCCCAGUCCUCAAAAAGGGGCAGCCAUCGCAGGUCCCAGAGUGCACUGACCAUCUGA